CUCUUUUUUGUUGAAGUAAACAAUGGAUACUUUAAUGGAUGAGGUUGAAACAGACCAGAGCGUCUCGCGAGUAUACGCCAACGCUAAUCUGGAAAGAACACCAGAUUACUAUGAAUACGAUCGACUUCAGGUGCAAUGGGGCGAACAAGAUGUAUAUGAAAUAUGUAGAAAAGUAGGCAGAGGGAAAUACUCAGAAGUGUUCGAGGGAAAGCAUGUGAAGACGAAUGAACGAUGUGUUAUCAAAGUAUUAAAACCCGUCAAGAAGAAGAAGAUAAAGAGAGAAAUCAAGAUUUUGCAAAACCUGAACGGAGGACCUAAUAUUGUUAGCUUAUUGGAUAUUGUUCGGGAUCCUCAAUCAAGAACACCCUCAUUGAUUUUUGAAUACGUUAACAAUAUGGAAUUUAAGAUAUUAUACCCAAGAUUUACAGAUUACGAUGUUAGGUUCUACAUGUUGGAAUUGUUGAAGGCUUUGGACUUUUGUCAUUCAAGGGGUAUAAUGCAUAGAGACGUUAAGCCUCACAAUGUUAUGAUUGAUCAUGAACAUAGAAAGUUACGAUUGAUCGAUUGGGGGUUAGCAGAUUUCUAUUUGCCUAAAACAGAAUAUAAUGUACGUGUUGCAUCACGUUGCUAUAAGGGCCCUGAACUAUUAGUCGAUCUUCAAUUAUAUGAUUACAGUCUCGACAUGUGGAGUUUUGGUGCCAUGCUUGCCGGUAUGGUGUUUCGCAAAGAUCCAUUUUUCAACGGCCAAGACAAUUAUGAUCAACUGGUUGUCAUCUCAAAAGUUUUGGGCACGGCUGAUCUACACGCUUACUUGAAAAAGUAUAACUUGACCCUUAGCAGACAUUAUGAUGGUCUUAUUAAGAGCUUUAAGCCCGUUCCGUGGUCAAAGUUCAUUGGCCCUCAUAACAAAAAAUACAUGUCCAAUGAAUUGUUUGAUUUGUUAGACAAAUUGUUAAGAUAUGAUCACCAAGAAAGACUGACCGCUAAAGAAGCAAUGGAACAUCCUUAUUUUAAAAACAUAAUAAACUAGCUUUAUUAUUUUGCCCAGAAAGACAUUUGUCAAACCCUCCCACUCUCCCCCCCCCCCAGUUCCCUUAAUAUUUAAAGUGCGAACAGUUUAGCGUGGUGCCGCACACAAAAAGAGUCCCAGGGGCAACGCGUCCUUGAAAAAAU